AUGGAGGAAAGUGUGGCACCAAAGAGGCCAAGAGAAGAGCCCCUAGGGAAUGAAUCUACACUAGAUUGUGAUGAAUUACAAGACUCAAAGAAGCACAAACCAUACAACCACAUACUCUCCCUCCUUGAAUCAGAGGAAGAUGACUCCACACAAGACCUCUCUCCUCUCAUCACUGCCCUCCAACAAGAAAUCACCGAUCUUGCCUCUGAUUCGGACACCCUUUUAAGCCAGCACACAACCACAAUUAAUAAUUUGCAGGAGUGUUCAUCCUCCACCACUCACUGUUCCAGUGGCAUCGUGGAGGAACGUGAAAGAGAAAUGGUCAUGAGACACCUUCUUGAGGCUUCUGACGAUGAGCUCGGGAUUCCAAAUAAAGGGGGUGAUGGAUUGCUCGAUCUUAGGGAAGAUUAUGGGUUCAACGGUGGAGACAUGCUUUCUUCUAUUUGUGAUGGGUUGUGGGAGUUUGAAGAUGAAACUGCUAACUACUAUGAACUGUUGCAGUCUCAACUCUUUCUCUAG